AUGUCGUCCAUCAGAGACACGCCGGCCGGCCAGUUCCUACGUCUGAUCGGCUUCAAGUCAUGGCUGUACUAUCCGGAGGAAGUCACUGGCUUCGAACUACCCAGUUUGCCUUUUGUAUCGGAGGAGAUCCUACCUCCCUCCUUGAAUGACCUUACCGGCGAAAAGGACAUCGAGAAGAGUCUCUCCAGCGUCUCGCUCAGACUGGCCACUCCUCCCGAUGAAGUCUCGAGCGCCAUGUCCCAGAAGGCCCUAACGGAUCCCAUUGUGGUCUCCUUCACCGACGACGACAGCUGCAACCCACGAAACUGGUCAGCCGCGAAGAAGACGUGGACUGUCACUCUGAUCAAUGUCUACACCUUUGUUGUCUACUGCACGGCGUCGAUUAUUACCCCCACUGCUGGCAUCAUUGUUGAGAAGUUCAAUGUCUCGGUGGUUGUUGCUAGUCUCGGUCUAUCGAUGUAUGUCGUUGGUUAUGGGACAGGCCCGAUGUUCUUCUCUCCUCUCAGUGAAGUCCCAACCAUAGGACGAAACCCUCCAUACCUCUACUCGUUCAUCGCCUUUUUCCUCGUCUCCAUUGGGCUGGCAUUCGUCAACAAUUUCCCAGGCUUGAUCAUCCUGCGUUUCCUCCAGGGCUGGUUCGGCAGUCCUUGUCUGGCCAGCGGUGCCGCCUCCAUUGAAGACGUCUAUGACAUGUACAGCGCGCCUUACGGCUAUAUCUGGUGGGUGGCCAGCAUGUACUGUGGGCCGGCCUUUGGGCCCCUGCUGGCGGGCUACGCUGUCUCGGACAACUGGCGCUGGCCGCUCUACGAAGUGGUUAUCAUGGGCGGUCUGGUCCUUGUCGUCCUCCCGUUCCUGCCCGAGACAUCGCCUCAGACCAUCCUCCUCAACAGGGCUAGACGACUUCGCAAGGCCACCGGCAACAACGCCUAUAAAGCCCCCUCCGAACUCAAACCUCUCGCCUUUGGCAAGAUGCUCCACGAGGCACUCAACAAGCCACUGGAGAUCACCGUGAAAGACCCGGCUAUCCUGUAUGCCUGUGUCUACGGCUCGAUCGUCUACGCCACCUACUAUUCGUUCUUCGAGGCUUUCCCGCUGGUCUAUCUCGGCACCUACCGCAUGUCGCUCGGCGGCAUGGGACUCAUCUUCACCUCUCUCACCGUCGGCUGUAUCUGUGGCCUGAUAAUCUACUACCUGUACAUCACACACUACUUUAUCCCUCGCGCGCGUGCACAUCACGCAGAGCACGGCACCCCCGUCGCACAAGAGCAGUGGCUGCUCCCGGGACUCUUCGGCGUCUGGGGCCCGCCGGUCGGCCUACUGCUGUUCGCGUGGACGGCGCACACCAGUGUCCACUGGAUAGUGCCGACGCUGGGCAUCAGUAUCUUCGCUUUCUCGACCUUCUUCAUCUUCCAGGCCCUGAUCUGCUACGUGCCGCUGUCCUACCCGCGCUAUGUGGCCAGCCUGUUUGCCGCCAAUGAUUGCGCCCGCUCUCUGCUGGCCGCCGCCUUCGUCCAGUUCUCGCGGCAGAUGUACACACGCCUGGGCAUCGAUAAGGGCGUCACCCUCGUUGCAGCCCUGUCUGUCGUCGGCAUCGUCGGCAUGUACGGCCUGUACUUCUACGGCGCCAAGCUGAGAGCCCGGAGCAAGUUCACCGGUUGA